GUUGUCAACAGUGGCUGAGCCACAUGCAGACCAGAGGGGCGGUGGUUCCCUGUGUUGUUGCUGAAAAAACCUUCAAACUCUUCCUUCAAUGUGAUUCCUCUCCAAGUAGUCCUACAAAAUCCCGAGGAGGCACGUCGGGCGCAGAGCAGGGAGCAAGGGCGCAGGCUGGUGCAGGGGCGAGGCUCGGACGUGCAGGGGACCUGGGUUCAGGGCGCAGGGCGCACGGCGCGGGCUGGUUCGGGGCCAAAAAACAAAUUUGAUGGGGAAAGAGAAGGUUCCAGACACCUUCUUUUUUUCUUCUUUUCUUUUUUUUCUUUUUGUUUUUUUUUUUUGUUUUUGGGUUUGGGUUAAAUGGGUAUUGGGAUUUUGGGCUUGGGUAGUUGGUAGGCUUGGGUUUUGGAUUUUGAUUUUGGUUUUUUUUUUUUUUGGUUUAAGGCUUAAAAUUGAAAUGGGUUCGAAUUGGGCCAUUUAAGAUGGGUUUAAGGUGUAAAUGGGUUUUGGGUUGAACUUUAAUGCAUUUCACCCUUCAACUUUUCAGUUCU